CUCACAUAAUCACAUAAUUUAUAAUCAGAUAAAAAAAAAUCCAACGAGGUGAGCAAUAAAUAGAAUCAUUACAUCCCAUUUUCCAGUUUAAUAUAAUUCUCAUACGAAAGUUUUAAAUAAAAUUGGUAAAAAUGGUGGCUCACACUGUUCUUUUAGAUUUUACUGUGUCACCAAAUGUCAUAAUUGAUGUUGAAAAACGUUCAAAUCUUAAAUCAUCAAUUGUCAAUGUAUUGAAUGAUAAUUUUGUUGGAUUAAAAAAACUAACUGAAACAAGUGUUGAUGAUGGUUUUAUUGUGCUGUAUAAUGGACCAAAAAAUAGUCUUAUCACAGUCAGAGGAUAUCCUCAAGGUCUUGUUACACUAAACAUUGAAUAUUACAAGCAAGAAGACGAUGAUGCACUCAUGACAUUUGAGACGACCCGAGAUUUGGAGACGGCAAUGCAAGCAGCAGCAACAGCUACUCGUUCACAUACACUUGCCCCGAUUAAAAGAGGUGGUCCAUUUGAGAGAUACUUUCCUACCGCCGAUGAAAGACUUUUGGAAUAUGAUAUUGAUAAAUUGGUAUUUGAAGCAAGAUCACCAUAUCAAAAAGUUCAAAUUGUACAUUCAAAAUCACUUGGUAAUUUGUUGGUACUUGAUGAGUUACAAAAUAUGUCAGAGGCGGAUCUUAUUUACACUGAAACACUGAUGCAACGUGGAAAAGAAAAUUAUGCUGAUAAAGAAAUUGUUAUAUUGGGUGGAGGUGAUGGAGGUCUUCUUUGGGAAUUACUUAAAGAAAAUCCAAAACAUGUUACUAUGCUGGAAAUUGAUGAUGUUGUAAUGAAAGCAUGUAGUCAACACUUGAGAAGCAUUUGUGGUGAUUGUUUGGACAAAAGAAAGGGUGAUAAUUAUGAGAUUAUUGUUGGUGAUUGUGUCAAAGCACUUACCCAUAUGAUUGAUGAAGGUCGUCAAUUUGAUUAUGUAUUUGGUGAUUUAACUGAUAUACCAAUUUGUACAACACCACAAAGUGAAGCUUGGGAUUUUAUUAGAUUGAUAUUGAAUUCAUCAAUGAAAGUCCUCAAACCAUCUGGAAAAUAUAUGACACAUGGUAAUGGAACAUCUUGUUCAGAGUCAUUAAAAACAUAUGAAAAAGUAUUGAAUGAAUUAUCAGUACCAGUUAAAUUUGAAAAAGACAAUGCUUUUAUUCCUUCAUUUUUUGAAGAUUGGGUUUUUUAUCAAGUUAUGCAUAAAUGAUUAAUUACAAAUGGACAGUAUACAGUGUCAAGAAAUGUAGUAAUAUUAGAUCAAAUAAUUUUGCCAAUUUUAUGACCCACACUGUGCUAUAAAAUUAGUUUAAAAACAAUUAUUUAAUCACUUGAUUAAAUUAUCAAAAAAAAAAAAAAAAAAUACAAUUCCUUUGCUCAUAUUAACACAUCUAGUUAUGUAAUACUAAUUUUUUUUUUAUAACAACAAAUUAAUUAUCUCAAAAAUGAGAUACAAAAAAAGAAGAAAAAACAAAGAUCAAAUUUCUCAUGUAAUUUCCGCUUAUAGUAUUAUUUCAUUAGUGUAUUUUUGCUUGUUUU